UCAGUGAAGGCAGCGGGGGAAGAAGAGGAGGCCGGAAGCGCUCACACAGCCGCUGACCCACAGCUCCGCUCUCACCUGAACUUUUCUGUCCUCGAUCACCUGCGCCGUGUGACCACGUGACCCGCCGACAUGGGCCGGAAGGUGACCGUGGCAACCUGCUGUCUGAACCAGUGGGCUCUGGACUUCGAAGGCAACUGUGAGAGGAUCCUGAGGAGUAUCGAGGAAGCCAAAGCUCACGGAGCCAAAUACAGGCUGGGUCCAGAGCUGGAGAUCUGCGGCUACGGCUGCGCAGACCACUUCUAUGAGUCGGACACGCUGCUGCACAGCUUCCAGGUCCUCAGGAACCUUCUGGAGUCUCCCGUCACUCAGGACAUCAUCUGUGACGUGGGGAUGCCCAUCAUGCAUCACAACGUGCGCUACAACUGCCGCGUCCUGUUCCUCAACAGAAAAAUCCUGCUGAUCAGGCCCAAGAUGCUGAUGGCCAACCACGGGAACUACAGAGAGGUGCGCUGGUUCUCCCCCUGGAACAAGUUACGGCAGGUGGAGGAGUAUUUCCUGCCCCGAAUGAUCCAGGAGGUGACAGGCCAGGACACCGUCCCCUUCGGCCACUGCGUGCUCUCCACGAAGGACACCUGCAUCGGCACGGAGAUCUGCGCCGAGCUCUGGAACCCCGACAGCCCUCACAUUCAGAUGGGUCGGGACGGCGUUGAAAUCUUCACCAACUCGUCCGCGAGCCACCACGAGCUCCGCAAAGCCGACCAGAGGGUCAACCUGAUCAAGUCGGCCACCACCAAGAGCGGAGGAAUCUACCUGUACGCCAACCAGAGGGGCUGCGACGGAGACCGCGUAUACUACGAUGGCUGCGCCAUGGUGGCCAUUAACGGUGACGUCGUGGCGCAGGGAGCGCAGUUCUCCCUCGAUGACGUGGUACGUGAAGGUUUCCUGUCAUGCAUGUCCUGCUGGAGGUUAAACAUGACGAUGAGCUCGGUGUGUGCUGGUUUCCUGCUGCCUCUGAGCGGCGGCGUCGACAGCUCCUCCACCGCCUGCAUCGUCCACUGCAUGUGCGUGCUGCUGUGCCGCGCCGUCGAGGGCGGCAACAGUCGGGUGCUGGAAGACGUCCGCAGGGUGGUCGGCGACGAGUCGUAUCAUCCGCAGGACCCGAAGGAGCUGUGCGCUCGCGUCUUCACCACCUGCUACAUGGCGAGCGAAAACUCGUCCGAGGACACGCGCAGCAGGGCCAGAGACCUCGCCAAUCAGAUCGGCAGCACGCACAUGAACAUCAACAUAGACGUGGCGGUGAAAGGCAUUCUGGGUAUCUUCUCGGCGGUUACCGGACGGUGGCCUCAGUUUCGUGCGAGCGGGGGAAGUGCGAGAGAAAACCUGGCUCUGCAGAACGUGCAGGCUCGGGUCAGGAUGGUCCUGGCUUACCUGUUUGCCCAGCUCAGCCUGUGGGCUCGGGGCAGACCCGGGGGCUUGCUGGUGCUCGGCUCUGCUAACGUGGAUGAGAGCCUCACAGGUUACUUCACCAAAUACGACUGCUCGAGCGCCGACAUCAACCCGAUCGGAGGCAUCAGUAAGACGGACCUGAAGCGCUUCCUGCUGCACUGCGCCGAGCAGCUGCAGCUCACUGCUCUGAGAAGCAUCCUGGCAGCUCCGCCCACCGCCGAGCUCGAGCCGCUGACAGACGGGCGAGUUUCUCAGACCGAUGAGGCCGACAUGGGGAUGACCUACUCUGAGCUGUCUGUGAUCGGACGACUGAGGAAGAUCUCCAAGUGCGGCCCCUUCAGCAUGUUCUGUAAACUCAUUCACACGUGGAGGGACGCCCUCUCGCCCUCAGAGGUGGCCCAGAAGGUCAAGCGCUUCUUCAGGAUGUACUCGGCGAACCGCCACAAGAUGACCACGGUCACGCCGUCCUACCACGCCGAGAGCUACAGUCCUGACGACAACCGCUUCGACCUCAGGCCUUUCCUCUACAACGCGAGCUGGAGCUGGCAUCAGAACACUGCGUACAGGUUAGGGUUAGAGCUGUCGCUCAAAGAGGCCACGCCCCUAUUCAUGUAA